AUGCUGAAGCUACUUUUAUUUUUUUUGGUACUUGUAUUAUUGGUUUUACUCUAUUACCGUAAUGCAUUACUUUUAAAAUUCCCCUCAUUAAAUCGACGCUACCAACGUCUUCCGACUAUCUUUUCCACAAGUUCGUUUCAACAUGAUAUUGAGGAAGGUUUGACCUCGGAAACUUUUGACCUUCAAGAGAAUAUUGCUAAUGGGGACAGUCGUGCUGGACUUGAAGAUUCUGAGGAAAUCAAGCACAUCAUGAAAGUCGAAGGAUUGAACUUUGAUCAGGCGCGAUUGCUCAGAAUGCAGAGAAAAUUUAAAUCCAAUAAUAUCGAUCCUCUGACGGGAUUACCGCGUGAUCCAAAGUUGGUCACAUUCUCCUGA